AUGAAUGCGCUCACUGACCCUCGAUUCAGCAGCCUGGUAGGAGCUAUGCCAGAAACCACCUUCGUCGAGGCCUUCCUGCUUCUCUCCCCAGCAUACUUCGUCGAGCCCCAUCGAGAGAUUAUCCGAGCGCUCCAUCCAACCGCGGAACGGAGCAUGGAUAUCAAGCCAUUGCAGGAAACCUUCGACGAAUUCGCCAGCAAACUCGCACAAAUAAUUCGUCUCAGGGUUUCCGCAGGCCUGGCGGAGUUCACCCACCUGCUCGCUUGCGCAGCCGCCAUGGGCGAUGCUCAGAUGGCACGCAGCGCAUGGCAGGCCAUGCAAGAUUGUAAUGUAGAGCCAGAUACCCAGUGUUAUAAUCAUCUCAUGGAGGCCUUGAUCUGGGACGGGACGUUUACCGGGAUGAGAAAAUAUCGGCUGAGAGUGACCCGUUUCUCAUAUAAGAUGCGAAAAAAUGCGCCCAUCGAUUCAGGCUGGUCGGGAUACGGCACCGCAGCACGCAGCGUGCUCAAGUCGGUACGAGUGAUAUUCGCGGAGAUGAUGGCCAAAUCUGUCCCGCCGGAUGAGACCACCUUUGUCAACAUGAUGCUUGCAUCCUGUCGCACAGGCUGGGUUCCGGGGAUCAAGGCUGUUCUGAAAGCCGCCUGGAACAUAGAUGUCGACGAACUGUUGACGGCAAGCGACCAGUCGGGAGCAUCCGAUAUCUACCACACCGACCCUGCUUCAUCCCUUCAUCCCACAGGUCGACUUCUGUUCGCGGUAGCUCACGCCUUCGGAACAAAUAACGAAAUUCAAGCUGCACUUCAUCUAGUGGAAUUCAUCGCUGCCCGUUACAAUAUACCCAUUCCCGAGAAGGUUUGGCUUGAAUUGUUCGAGUGGACGUUUGUCCUGUCACGUCGCAAAUUCGGCCCCGACGCCAAGGAACAGGCGCACACGAGGGUAAAGCCACGUUUCGUGACUCAACUGUUCGAUACGAUGACCACAGAUCCAUACAACGUGAGCCCCACAAUUGAGGCGCGCCUAAAAAUCGCCAAGUUAGCGUGGGACAGUCGUAUUCUCAAGAACUACAUGCCACAAAUGUAUGCUUCAUAUGAGACCCUGAUGGAGACACGUCAAGGGAGAUGGGAGGCGAGGGCAGCCAUCGCGGCGUUUAUGAAGCGGCGCAGGCUACAUAAAAGCCGCGCAGGUUGGCAGUCGCGAGACUUGGCCAACGCAAUACACACCUAUGAUAUCCUCAGACUGCACACAGCCCAACAGACUGAGCUGGUGAGAAAGCUCGCAAGAAACAUGCUGAUCAACAAGCUGUGGACGGGUCGAGACAACCCUGCAUGGUUUAGGUCACUGUUCCCCGUAGCGCUGGAAGAGUGGCGCGACUUCCUCCCGGAGGAUUUCCACUUGAACACUCGUGGAGGAGUAGUGCAUUUCCAUGGAAAAGUUCGCUGGGGUAGCCGGUACCGUUACAGCGGAAAGCGAAUACCGAUUCGGCGACCCACACCCUAUAAUGAUGUCGAGCCGGGUGACGAGGACAAUUAUCUUGACGACGAGUUCUUCUGGGAAGCUCUUUUGCGUCUCGGGCCAGAUAUCGAGCCAAAGUCUGCAACCCUUAAGCGACUAUUCGAGCCGGUUCUGGAGAAGUAUCGUCCCGCAGAAGACGAACUAAUCAUGUUGAGCCGCAAUUGA